AAUGGUGUUAUCAUCGUCAUCGUAGCUUCGCAAUAAUUUCUUACGAUACACAAAAUCAAUAACGACGAACAACUUCUUUUUCUUAUUUUUUUGCCUUUUUUUUUUCAAAUAAUAAAACCCCAUUUCCCCCCCCCCGUAACAAGAAGUUAACAACUCUGCCGCUAAAUAACGGGGAAUUCCUUGUUCCUCCUGAUUCUUCCUACAAUCAAUCAUUGGAAUGAGAGCAUAUUAAUUGGCCACCUUAGAUUAGUUUUGUCGUGUACUGUGAUCUUGGAACAAUCAUUUAUUACUUUGAUUUUCCCUUUACUGGGAAGCUUGGUUUUGUGGUUGAGCAAAUUUUGGUGUGUGUGUUUUUUUCUUUUUUUCUUUGAUGGGUGUUUCGAUUGGUUCACAAUCACAAAAGGGUUCCAUGAAGUUUUUUACUAGGAGGAAGCAGGUUGAUUCUUCAGUUAGGAACACUCAGGGUCUGCUUGCCAAGGAGUUAACUGUUCCUCAUCUCAUUGCAGUUGGUGUUGGUUCAACAAUUGGUGCUGGAGUGUAUGUUCUGGUUGGAACAGUUGCUCGAGAGCAUGCUGGACCAGCUUUGGCCAUUUCUUUUCUGAUUGCUGGAUUAGCAGCUGGUCUUUCAGCCUUUUGCUAUGCAGAGCUGGCUAGUCGCUGCCCUUCUGCUGGGAGUGCAUAUCACUAUUCAUACAUAUGUCUUGGGGAAGGUGUUGCUUGGUUGAUUGGCUGGGCCUUGAUACUGGAAUAUACACUUGGUAGUGCUGCUGUUGCUCGUGGCAUAUCCCCCAAUAUGGCUGCACUCUUUGGUGGUGUGGACAAUUUACCCAUCUUUUUAUCACGCCAACGUAUUCCUGGGAUCGAUAUUGUAGUGGACCCAUGUGCAGCAAUUUUGGUAUUAAUUGUUACUGGACUCCUAUGUGUAGGGAUCAAGGAGAGUACAGUGGUACAAGGCAUAGUCACAUCAGUGAAUGUAUGUGCAUUGCUUUUUGUCGUAGCAGCAGGUGGUUACAUAGGAUUCAAGUCUGGAUGGGUUGGAUAUGAACUUCCUUCAGGGUUUUUUCCCUUUGGGGUUAAUGGGAUGCUUGCUGGUUCUGCAACAGUCUUCUUUGCAUAUGUAGGUUUUGAUGCAAUUGCCAGCACUGCUGAAGAGGUGAAAAAUCCUCAACGAGAUUUGCCCCUCGGUAUUGGAGGUGCACUGUUUCUUUGUUGUGGAAUGUAUAUGAUGGUCUCCAUUGUUGUAAUUGGUUUAGUACCUUAUUAUGCAAUUGAUCCGGAUACUCCCAUAUCCUCUGCAUUUGCUGACCAUGGGAUGCAAUGGGCAGCUUACAUUAUAAAUGCUGGAGCUUCCACAGCUCUCUGCUCAGCAUUAAUGGGUGGGAUACUUCCCCAGCCAAGAAUUUUGAUGGCUAUGGCAAGGGAUGGGCUACUGCCACCAUUUUUUUCUGACAUAAAUAAGCACAGUCAGGUUCCUGUUAAGGGCACAAUAGUUACUGGCCUUGUUGCUGCAGUCUUGGCAUUUUCUAUGGAAGUCUCUCAACUGGCAGGGAUGGUUAGUGUGGGUACACUUCUAGCAUUCACCAUGGUGGCAAUAUCUGUGUUGGUUCUAAGAUAUAUCCCUCCAGAUAAAGUCCCAUUGAUUCCUUCUCUCCAGGAUUCAACUGCUUCAGUGUCAAUGCAAAAUAGUUUGAGCAGCGCAGAGAGCAAUGAAGGAUAUGCAGAGGCAAAUGUUGGUACUUAUGAGGACGAAAAACCUUUAGUUGUUAAGGAGGAUGUUUCAAUUACUUAUCCACUUAUUGCUAAACAUCUUGCCAUUGGUUGUAUGAAUCUAAACAAGGGUAAUCGACGAAGAGUUAUUGGGUGGAUCGUAGCAUUCAUAUGCUUAGGGGCGCUUGUCCUCACGUAUGCAGCUUCAGAUUUGACUCUUCUUAGUUCUGUUCGCUUUGCAUUAUGUGGAGUUGGCGGUACUCUUCUUUUGUCUGGUCUUGUAUUUCUAACCUAUACGGAUCAAGAUGAUGCAAGGCACAACUUUGGGCACUCUGGAGGUUUCAUUUGCCCAUUUGUGCCACUGCUUCCCAUUGCUUGCAUUCUCAUCAAUUCCUACUUACUUAUUAAUCUUGGAGGGGGUACAUGGUUGCGUGUUUCUCUAUGGCUGGCAAUAGGACUACUAGUUUAUGUAUUUUAUGGCCGAACCCAUAGCUCUCUAAAAGAUGCAAUUUAUGUGCCUGCAACGCAAGUGGAUGAAAUUUAUUAGAAUUCCAGAAGCUGUCUUCCGAGGGCGAGCUAGAGAUGAAGUUAGUUUCUUUGUGAUUAUGUAAAAGUAAGGCUGUUGUGUGCAUCCCAAACCAAAGAAAAUAUUGCAGCUCAGCCACUUGUAUAAUCUAAUCCCUGCGCAGGAAUGCUUUUCAAGCUUAGGGAUAUAUAUUUGUUUUCUUCUGACGAAGAAUGUCAUUGUUAUAUAACAUGUCUUCCCCGUUAUUUAUAUCAUUUGUAUGA